CCCCAGCGCCUCAGGGGGUGUUCGGUUCCAAGUGGGCCCAAACGGGGGUUCCUGCCUCCAGGCCUGGCCUGGCUAACGCCUCUGUCCUUCUCCAGAACCGGCCCGGGCAGCAGCAGGCACAGAUGGGGAUCACAGCGGACACACAGGAAUCGCAAUUAGAUGGAUCGCAAUUAAUACACACAGCGCACAAUCAGCAGACACGCGUCCCCUCAGCACGCUCUGCAGAGGGCUCCUCCCAGGUUUAUCUGGCCUCCAUCUCACAUCUCAAGGAGAGAAAUGACCCAAAGGGCAGAGUCCAUGAGCUUUCCCAAGGGUUUCAAGGGGAUUUUUCCCCACUGGUUGUGCCCCUUGCUGGCUGAGCCCUGUGGGGUGUGCACAGGGGGUUCAGUCAGCAGGAAUUUUAAGGGAAUGUGUCCUUGGGAGUUCAGGGCACGUAAAAGGCAAAAAUAAGCAAUAAAUUUUGCAAAUAAAAGGAAAGAAAACCCCACAAAAAGUCCCUCACUACAAACCUAGAAAGUCUCUCUGUUUGGUCAUCAUGAAUUCCCAUUUAGUGGAGCAGGCUGGGCCCAGGCCCUGUCCCUGUGUGAUUUUUGGGAAGAACAGUUCAGGGAAUGAGGCUGACCAGCCACUUGAAGCAUUUGGAAUUAAGUUCUGAUGUUAUGAGAAGACAAAGAGGUUUCAGAGAGAGACAGAGCCUGAUGACAGCCUCAGCCACGGGAUCCUCUGCCUGCUGCUGCCUUCCCUGCCUGCUCCUGCCCCAAGCAGAGCACCAGGGGAGCACGCAGGCCUUUGGAGGAGCCAGGAGCAGCCUGGGGUGCUGAUAACCCCCACACUUCGGGGCGUUGGGCUUAUCUCUGAGCCCAGCUCUGUCCCCCCCUCUGUCCCGGGGCUGCCUGGAGGAGCUGGAUCAGCCAACCCUGCACAUGGACAGGCUGAUUCCCGAGCUGCUGCCAGAGGAGACCGCGGACUUUGAGCCCAGCCUGGGAGCGGCGCCGGGAGCCGUCCGGAGGCAUCGCCCCAAAGCUCCCCGAGACCGCAGCUUCCCAGCGGCUCUGCAGUGACAGGGAAAGGCCAGCGACCUGCAGGUGGGACUGGACAGUGACAGGUCAGUGCUGUGGCCCCCGGCUUGGGGUGUGGGUGCUGUUGCCCGACACCCUUGGGUGUCAUUGUCUCUCCUCCCAGCCUUUCUGGGGAUGGAGCAUGGAGGGGGUGCGUAAGGAAACAGCUCCUUUGCCCUACAAGUGCGAUUUUCCUGGGGAUUUCCUGGCUGAUGGAGAAGGUGCAGAGCCCCAGGGAGCAGCUGGAGCAGAGAUACGGCCAUCACCUGCCUCAGCAGCCCUGUCCCAGCCUGGGGGACACAUCCAGCGCCUGUCCUGACUGUGCCAGCGCCCUGUGAGGAGCCGGUGGCACCACCAUGUCCCAGGCAGGAGGAGCUGAGGAGGCCUUUGAGCACCGUGACGUGGUCAUCAACAGCCAGGACAAGAUUUUGGAUGUGUACACACAGCUGGAGAAGCUGGGGGAGGGGAAAUUCGGGACUGUGUACAGGCUGCAGGAAAAGGCCACGGGCAGAAUCCGGGCUGGGAAAUAUUUCCGGACCCGCACAGCGAAGGAGAAGCAGGCGGCGCGGGCCGAGGUGGAGCUGAUGAACCUCCUGCACCACCCACGGCUCGUGCAGUGCCUCGAUGCCUUCCAGGGCCCUGCUGAGCUGGUGAUGGUGAUGGAGUACGUGGCAGGUGGGGAGCUCUUUGAGCGCAUCGUGGACGAUGACUUUGAGCACACGGAGCCCAGCAGUGCCCAGUACGUGCGGCAGAUCCUGGAGGGGCUGCACUUCAUGCACGGCCAGGCCAUCGUCCACCUGGACCUCAAGCCCGAGAACAUCGUCUGCAUCAGCCCUGACAGCCACUGGAUCAAAAUCAUCGACUUUGGCUUGGCACGGAAGCUGGCUCCAGGCACCCCUGUGAAGGUGUUGCACGGCACCCCUGAGUUCAUGGCUCCAGAAGUGGUCGCCUUUGAGCCCGUGAGCUUCUCCACAGACAUGUGGAGUGUUGGUGUCAUCUGCUACAUCCUGCUGAGUGGGGAGUCGCCCUUCCAGGGGGACACUGACAUGGAGACCCUGAGCAACGUCACAGCUGCCCAGUGGGACUUUGAGGAGGAGACCUUCUCAGAGAUCUCCCAGCACGCCAAGGACUUCAUCAGCCAACUGCUGCAGAAGGAGCCCUGCCGGCGGCUCCCCAGUGCAGGGGCUCUGCUGCACCCCUGGCUGCAGCAGCCCCAGCCCAGCAGCCCCAAGGUGCUGUCCAAGGAGAGGAUCAGGCAGUUCCUGGCGCGGCGCAAGUGGCAGAAAACAGGGAAAGCCCUGCUGGCUCUCAAGAGGCUGGCCCUGCUGUCCCAGAGCUCGGAGGGGAAGGCAUCAGAGGCUCAGGAUGAGGAAGGCCUGGGCUGCAGCCUGGAGAAGGAACAGCCCUCCAGAGCUCUGCCCCAACGAGGUGCCAACCCCUCGGAGCUGCUGGCAGACCAGGAGGAGGAGGAGGAUGGUGGUGGGAGCUCUGCAGCCUCAGGGCAGUGACAGCGUGGCCCUGUCACCCCCAUCCUGGACCACCUGGAGAUGGGGAUGGUGCCUCUCCAGCAGCUCCCACCGUGACCUGGCCAGCCUGGGGCAGACCCAGACCCCGCUGUGGGUGAGCUCUGGGGUCCCUGUGCUGCUGUCCCUGCCAGGCACCUGCCACCAAUAAAGCACUGACCAUCUCUGCA